CAGUUUUUGAGUCAGUGUUAGGAUUGCAUGGUUCAUUAUUACAUAUGAUCAAUUCGACUGUGAGGGUCAAUGAGCUUCAGCGCGUAAUUUCCUGACAGCGCAUAAUGAACACCUGAUAAAAGUCAGUGAAAUGAGUUCGUCUCCUCUGUCGCGGAUUUAUUUCAUACUGACUUGGUUAUUACGUCUCGCCUCGUGUAGACACGAACAUCCACAUCAGGCAAUACCUGUAAUACAUGCUUUACAAGACAUACUGCCAAAGAAUAAUGCUCUGGUCUUGAAUGAGCAUGCAAUAGCAAUUGACACAAUCAAAGAGUCAUCUGUUAUUCGCCUUGAUGGUUCUCCACCAGAGAGUACAGUUACUGAUCUUGAUGAGAGUCGUGGGACUGUUAUAUCGCAGGGCAUAGAGCUUGUAACAUAUGCUGGAGUACACAAUAGACAAGCUCUGGACAAUGAGUCGACGGCAGUGCAUGGUCGAGAAACUACUCUAUCUCCAGAAGAGGAAAACGAUCGUCGUCUAGCAUGGAUAAUCGCUGGAUAUGUUGUCCUCGUACUUGCAGUGAUUGGUGCUUGUGUGGUGUUCUGUUGCCUGUGCCGGCCUAUAAGGGCCAUCUGCGGACGCAUCUGCCCCUGCUGCUGAGGACUUCUGCAGAAGUUUGCAACGGAGGGAACAGCGCCUCACCUGCACUCAGUACUACCCGUUUUGCUUCCUUUCCUUGUGCGAGGCGCUCCAAAUGAAUUACUCUCAUUCACAGUUUCAGUGUUCUUAUUUACACCAAGCACUAAUAAAGGUGCAUGCAAA